UUCAGAUCCUGUAGGAAGUAAGUUGCUGAGUCUUGGAAACAGAGUGAAAGAGAGAGUUCCAGUGAGGGAAGAAAACAAGGAGAGAGAGAGACGCAUAACGACUAGCAAGAAAGUCAAAUGCAAGAAGGGAGAGAUAUCGAAGGGACUACUAAACCAGGGCCUUGAGAGACUCCACGUCUGAGGAGGCGCACCGACAGUCACGCAACUUUUUGAAUCCCUGGAGAACUGCACCGCGGUGGCGCGGACCCGCCAAGGCGAAGAUCGUCCGAGAUGGACUUUGCUAUGGACGCGGUUGCUGUGGUGUAAAGAAAGGAGGUAGAGCCUUCUCUCUCUCGCCCUCUCACCAGCCCUUUGCUCUGGCCGGAGCAGGAAUGCCCAGGUUCGCGACUCUUCCAUCGACCGGUGCCUGCAGCCGUUCCCGCGGUGGCCUUUGCUGAAAGAAAGCCGCUUUCCCUUUGCUGGCCGGAGCUGCACAAAAGACCUUAGGGGGACUCUUUUAUUUUUCUCCAUCUCCAGCUACGGUCGUCAUGUUCCAGGUCAGGGGGCUCUUGUCUUACCCCGCCGCUGCUGCCUGCCUCUGCCUCCUCGUCUCCUUUUCCCACACAGUUAGAGGGCUCAAUAUUUGCACAAGUGGCAGUGCUACCUCCUGUGAGGAAUGCUUGCUCGUUCAUCCCAAGUGUGCUUGGUGCUUUAAAGAGGAAUUUGGCAACAAAAAAUCCAUCACUUCGAGGUGCGACUUCAUUGAAAAUCUUAUUACCAAUGGUUGUGCAGGGCACUUUGAGAGUACAAAAAGCAGCAUUAAUAUAUUGAAGAACCUUCCUUUGAGCAGUAAGGGCUCUAGUGUGGCCAAUGCUGAUGUUAUCCAGAUAAUGCCUCAAAAGAUCUCACUAAAUCUACGGCCUGGUGAUCCGGCCCAUUUUCACGUGCAGGUUCGGCAGGUGGAGGAUUACCCUGUAGAUCUAUAUUAUUUGAUGGACCUUUCCCUCUCCAUGAAGGAUGAUUUGGACACCAUUCGGACUCUGGGAACCAAGCUGGCUGAAGAGAUGGGGAAACUCACCAGCAAUUUCCGCCUUGGGUUUGGCUCUUUUGUGGACAAAAAUAUUUCUCCCUUUUCCUACACAGCACCUAGAUACCAGAACAAUCCCUGCACUGGUUACAAGUUAUUUCCCAGUUGUGUUCCAUCCUUUGGAUUCCGCCAUCUUUUGUCCCUCACAGAUAAAGUUGACAGGUUCAAUGAAGAAGUUCAGAAGCAGAACGUUUCCCGGAAUAGGGAUGCCCCAGAAGGUGGCUUUGACGCAAUCUUACAAGCUACUGUGUGCCAGAAGGAGAUUGGAUGGCGGAAGGAAGCUUCUCACUUGUUGGUGUUCACUACAGAUGAUGUCCCACACAUAGCACUGGAUGGGAAGCUGGGUGGAUUGGUGCAGCCACAUGAUGGGCAGUGUCACCUUAAUGAGGCCAAUGAAUACUCAGCAUCCAAUCAGCUGGAUUAUCCUUCUCUUGCACUUCUUGCAGAGAAACUGGCUGAGAACAAUAUACACUUAAUUUUUGCAGUGACAAAAAGUCACUAUGUUCUUUACAAGAACCUUACAGCCCUUAUCCCUGGAACAACAGUAGAGAUUUUACAUCGAGACUCCAGAAAUAUUAUCCAGCUCAUAGUUAAGGCCUACAAUAGUAUCCGGUCUAAAGUAGAGUUAACUGUUUGGGACAAUCCAGAAGACAUCAAUCUGGUUUUCACAGCCACAUGUCAGGAUGGUUUGUCAUACCCUGGAGUCAGGAAAUGUGCAGAUCUUCAGAUAGGAGACACAGUUUCCUUCGAGAUAUCAGUAGUAGCUCGGAGUUGCCCUGCUGAGAAUACCUCACAUACAUUCACCAUCAAGCCGGAUUGGUUUCGGGAUACUGUAGAGGUGACUGUCACCUACAACUGCCCAUGUGGAUGUACCAAACAGAUAGAGCACAGGAGCAGCAAGUGCAGCGGAAAUGGCGCACACGUGUGUGGACUAUGUGACUGUGAUCCAGGCCACGUGGGAGCCAAGUGUGAAUGUGAGGAUGGGGAGAGCGGGAACAUGUACCAGGACAUGUGCCGUGAAGCUGAAGGGAAACGCGUCUGCAAUGGCCGAGGGGAAUGCUCUUGCAACCACUGCGUCUGUUACGAGAGUGAAUUUGGGAAGAUCUACGGGUGGUUCUGCGAGUGCGAUGACUUCUCCUGUCCAAGAUAUAAGGGCAUUCUCUGCUCAGGUCACGGGGAAUGCCACUGUGGGGAAUGCAAGUGCCAUCGUGGUUACAUUGGGGACAAUUGCAACUGCUCAACAGAGACAGACCAGUGCCUUUCUGCCAAUGGUCAGAUGUGCAGUGACAGAGGCAAUUGCAUCUGUGGGAAAUGCCAGUGUACAGAACCAGGUGCCUUUGGAGAGACAUGUGAGAAAUGCCCUACCUGCCCAGAUGUCUGCAGCACCAAAAGGGACUGCAUUGAAUGUAUGCUGUUCAACUCAGGAAAACUGGCUGACAACCAAACCUGCCAAAAACACUGCAGGGACGAAAUCAUUACGCGAGUGGAUGUUCUCAAGACUGAUGACUUUCAUUCAGUCUUGUGUGCUUACCCAGUGAAGGACUGCGUAAUGAAGUUCACAUAUUCAGAACUCACCAGUGGAAAGACAAACAUCACAGUUCUCAAGGAGCCAGAGUGUAGCACUGCCCCUGAUGCCAUGAUGAUCUUAUUGACCGUGGUAGGCAGCAUUGUGUUCCUCGGCAUUAUACUCUUGGCAAUUUGGAAGCUGCUGGUCACUAUUCAUGACAGGCGGGAAUUUGCCAGAUUCCAAAGUGAGCGUUCCCGGGCAAGAUAUGAAAUGGCUUCAAACCCCCUUUACCGAAAGCCUAUUUCUACACAUAGCUUAGACUUCACAUUCAACAAACUUAACAGGACCCAUAAUGGUUCAGUUGACUGAAAGAAUGCUUGAAGGUGGAGAAGAGAGUGGAAUGUUUGACAAAUGCUUGGCUUCCUCACCACUUCCCAAAUGGAAGACAGAAUCCUCUACAGUGGGACAGUAUUUUAAAACACAACUUGAAUGUCAGGAGAUGGCUUCCAUUUGCACAUCGAGGACAAAUGGCCAGCAGCCAUGUGCUCUGCAGAUCUCGAACCCAAAGCCCCACUGAACAAGUUCUCACUGGCCUGGACUUCUUGCUGCCUUGGAAGUGCCAGCCUAUGGAACAGCAUGUCAUAUAGCAGCUUCAGCCAUAUCUUGGUUAGAAAAAAGGCAUGCAGGCCCAAUUCAUAGGGAUGUUGUGUCGCUGCCAGUUUUUAGAGCAAAAAACUAGCUUUGGAGAAGGUGGUGGCAGCAUUGUUUUUUUUGUUUUUUAAAGGUGUUAUACAGUUUUUAGAAUAAAUUUUUAUUAAAUAUAAAGCAAUUGCAUAUA